CUAAAGGGUCAGAGGUCAACUGAAUGGCAGAUGCUUUGUCGGAGUUAUAGCUCCAGUGCUCCAGACUAGGUGUACCAGAUCUCCCGCUGAUGGGGUGUAGUCCUGUGUUUGCCAUGCAGCACAUCAUGGAUUUAUCCCAUGUACUGAUGCGAAGGGGUCUCCUUGGAAGGGACCUCUUUGUGGCCAGGACUCUCUGCAGCCCAGGCCCCACUCAGCCUGGGGAUAAGCGACCAGAGGAAGCAGCCCUUGGGCUAUAUCACCGCCUCCCAGCACUAGGAAGAGCCCUGGGGCACAACAUUCAACAAAGGGCGACCUCUACAGCCAAGACUUGGUGGGACAGAUAUGAAGAGUUUGUUGGACUUAAUGAGGUUCGAGAGGCCCAGGGAAAUGUGACUGAGGCAGAGAAAGUGUUCAUGGUGGCUCGUGGGCUUGUCCGAGAGGCUCGGGAGGACUUGGAAGUUCAGCAAGCAAAGCUGAAGGAGGUGAGGGAUCGCUUGGACCGUGUUUCCAGGGAAGAUAACCAGUACCUGGAACUGGCUACUCUGGAGCACAGGAUGCUGCAGGAGGAGAAGAAGCUCCGCAUUGCCUAUAUGCAUGCAGAAGACUCUGAGCGUGAGAAGUUCUCCCUUUUUUCUGCAGCUGUGCGUGAGAGUCACGAGAAGGAGCGGGCAAGGGCCGAGAGGACCAAGAACUGGUCCCUCAUUGGGUCAGUCCUAGGAGCCCUGAUUGGUGUGGCUGGCUCCACCUAUGUAAACCGUGUUCGGCUACAGGAACUGAAGGCUUUACUUGUGGAGGCACAGAAAGGGCCUGUGAGUCUCCAAGAGGCCAUCCGUGAACAGGCGUCUAGCUACUCCCUCCAACAGAGGGACCUCCACAACCUCGUGGUAGACCUGAGGAGCCUGGUGCAUGCUGGGCAGAGCCAGGGAUCUGGGUCACUGGCAGGUACUUCCCCGCAUCGAAACAGAGACACAGAUGUCCUUUCAGCUGCUUUGAAAGAGCAGCUCAGUCAUUCUCGGCAGGUCCAUUCCUGUCUAGAGGGUUUACGAGAGCAGCUUGAUGGCCUGGAAAAGACUUUCAGCCAAAUGGCUGGGGUGGUUCAGCUUGCAAAGGCUGCAGCACACCCAAGCUUGGUGGAGCCAGCAGAUGGGGCUCUGCUUGGCUCCUUGCUGGAACAGCAGAGUGUGAUGUUGGCUCUGUCUGACAUGGAACAGAGGGUAAAAGUUCAAGGCAACAGGAACACCAUCUACAGCACACUGGUCACUUGUGUGACGUUUAUGGCGACACUGCCUGUGCUCUACAUGCUGCUCAAGGCCAGCUAGCCCCUGGAUCUGCCUAUUGAAGGUCUAAGGGGAUAGAAUGUGGCUUUCAUUAGUGAAUUUCAGUGAUGAAGCGAGUCUUGGGACAUAUUCAGCCUCAGCCUGAGUCUGAACACCAUCUGCAUGGCUUACCAUCUGCAUGUACUUUGCUUUGCAGGCAAUGCUUAUUUACAUUAAUUAUGACAACUUUGAA